GGAGUGACGCAUCCUCCCAUCAGCUGUUUUUGUUUUGCAGUGAGAAUAUUGAAAGUUAAUAACACAAUAAUAACACCACGCUGACUGGAGGAGGCGGCUCGGUGAGCAGGGGUUGUUUUCCGGUCUAUUGUUGGGCUGAGUCCGCUCUGUGUGUGUUUGUAUGUUUGUGUGUGAGAUGUGUACCACCUGAACCGGACAUUCCUCUCCCCGGAGAAGAGUGUGAGCGUGGCGCUUGGAGAACCAGAGGAAGGGGGGCAAGCGGGGAUCGACCCGAGCCCUAAGGCCUCCGACCUCGGCCGGCGAGACGGGGAGCGAGCUCGGCGGCUCGGAUGGAGACCGAGGACCGGAUGGAGACCCAGGACCUGCCGGAGGGCCCCGCGGCGGACCGAGGCUUCAUCUGCGCCUCCUUCAACCAGGACACCACUUCUCUGUCAGUGGGCACCAAGACGGGCUACCACCUCUUCUCAGUCACUGCUGUGGACAAACUAGAUUGCAUCCAUGAGGGAGUCGAAUGUUCGGACGUGUUUAUAGUGGAGCGGCUGUUUUCCAGCAGUCUGGUGGUGGUGGUCAGCCUGUCCUUGCCGCGGCGGAUGAACGUCUACCACUUCAAGAAGGGAACAGAGAUCUGCAACUACAGCUACUCCAACGACAUCCUGUCCGUCAGGCUCAACAGACAGCGGCUGGUGGUGUGCCUGGAGGAAUCCAUCUACAUCCACAAUAUCAAAGACAUGAAAUUACUCAAGACCCUGCUCAACACGCCCACCAACCCCUCAGGUCUCUGCGCGCUUUCCGUCAACCACAGUAACUCUUACCUGGCGUACCCUGGCAGUGCCACCAUCGGGGAAAUCACCAUCUAUGAUGCCAACAACCUGAGCACUGUGACGCUGAUUCAGGCCCACGACAGUCCCUUGGCUGCCCUCACCUUCAACCCCUCUGGCACCAAACUGGCCAGCGCCUCAGAGAAGGGUACUGUUAUUAGAGUCUUUGGCAUUCCUGAAGGACAGAGACUGUACGAAUUCCGGCGAGGGAUGAAGAGGUAUGUCAGUAUCAGUUCCUUGUCCUUCAGUGCCGAUGCCCAGUUCUUAUGCGCCUCCAGCAACACUGAGACGGUCCAUAUCUUUAAACUGGAGCAGCACAGCCCGAGUCAAGAUGAGGAGUCUCCUACAUGGUCAGCGUAUGUGGGUAAAAUGUUCACAGCAGCCAGCACCUAUUUGCCCGCUCAGGUGUCCGACAUGAUGCAUCAGGACAGAGCCUUUGCGACUGUACGACUCAACAUGUUCGGCCUAAAGAACAUCUGCGCCCUGGCCACGAUUCAGAAGCUCCCUCGUCUGCUGGUGGCGUCCUCGGACGGAUUUCUCUACAUCUAUAAUGUGGAUCCACAGGACGGAGGCGAGUGUGUCCUUGUCCAAAGACACAGGCUGUUUGACUCCGGCGAGGAGCAGGUGGAACAGAGCGAAGAGGACAAAACGGAGGAUGUCCCUCCCCAAGCAGCCAGCCAAUCAUACGCUGCCACUGUAGCACUCCCUUCAACCCCACCCUUGGCCACCACUCUCAUGGGUUACUCUGAAGAUGGUGGAGCCCAGAAAGGCGACGUCAUCCCGGAGCAUGAAUUCGCCGAGAGCCCCGUCUGUCUGGAUGAUGAGAAUGAGUUUCCCCCAGUCGGCAACCAGAGUAACUGACCAAAUCCCCCCCCCCCCCAAACCCUCCCAUCCCUGCGAACAGUCCGACUCAACUUGCUUGGAGCAUGGAUGGAGGCUGGAAAACUUCAAACAAUAUUCCUGACGUGUUGAGACAUUGUUGCAUCGCCCCCAGCUUCCCACAUGUACCUCUGCUGGCCUUGGGUCAAAUCUGCAUCCCUCUCGCUUUUGUAAGGUAUAUUUAAGAAAAAAGAAACAGUCAGAACAUUUCAAGCUUUUUGCUGAAACAGAAUAAAAGCCGGUCUGAUAAGUCCCAGUGUUAGCUACCGUAUUCUGCCAUAAAAAAACUGCUCUCUCAUCCCUUGUUCCCUCUUUAAAUAAGGACCUGACAUCACAGUGACAUCAUAUUAUCAUGGCAGCAACCAGCUGAGCAUGUGAUUGGUCCAGCAGAAUAUGAAAUCCUUUUGAAAUUUUUUUCCAUCACUUACAAAUCCUUAACAUUGGAAUAUCUGUCUUCAGGGCAUUUUUUGUCAAUCAGGCCGCAAGACGUUUGGAGCUUUGUGACGGGCAUUACAUGAGUAACACCUCGAGAGACAGAGAGAGAGAGAGAGAGAGAGAGAGAGAGA